AUGUCGUCUUCCGGUGGAAAGGACCCGACUAAAAAACAGGAUACGUCAGGAAUAUCCAGAUUUCUCAGAAAACCAAAAGCAUUGUGGAAUAGGAUUAGGUCCAGGUCACCCGACCCCAAGAGGUCAUCGCAAACUACGUUACAAAAUGACUCCCCAGCUGUAGCAGGGCCUUCAAACGCGCGUAUUACUACACCUGCGGAAAGUACUGAAACCUUCGAUGAUACGUAUGCACAAACACCCACAGCCAGCAGCCCUCCCAGUAUUGUGUUACCCAUGAAGGACCCCGGCACACUCAGAUCACCCCUUUCGGGUACUGGUCCAACAAUCACCAAAGACGCUUCCACUCCACCUCCCGUAUCUACAGCCCCUUCUAAGCCCCCUAAUAAGCCCUCGCCAUGGGAAAGGGCAAUCCAAAGACUGCCCGCCCAAAGUCAAAAAGAAUUCGACUUUCAUAAUUCGGAUGGUCUUCUCAAGGUCCUUGAUGAUGUUCUGAAAGCAACCGAGACAGCAAGAGAGACCUGUCGGGAAAAGAUGUGGAAAGUUAAGUGGAAAGGGAAGUAUAUCGUCCUCCGGGAUAUCGCGGACAAGACAAUUGAAUGGGUCAAUAAGUUCAAGACAUUGGGAAAUAUCAUUGCUCAAGGCGAUCCAGUUCAUGCUGCGAUACCCUGGGUACCAGUUAGAUAUCUCAUAGAGUUUAUUAUCAAGGACCACCAAAAGAUGGGCGAGAUGUUAGUGGGGAUCGAAGUAAUCACCAACCUUAUGGGAAGAUGUGCCAUAUACGAGGAGUUAUAUCUCGGGACUGGCUUCGAUACUGCCCAACGGGUAGAAGAAGCCUUGGUUGUGCUAUAUGCCGAUAUGUUGACUUAUAUGAUCAACGCUAAACAUUACUAUGCCGAAAAUACUAUCGUCCGCAUUGCAUGGGGUGUUUUAGAUACCGAUGGACCAGCAGAAGCUUUGGCAGCGCUUCAAGCAAAAGAGUCUAAAGUCUUUGAGGAGUCACAUCUCGCAGAAGCCAAAAAUCAGAACGCUGCAAACAUGAUAGCUGAAGAAAGAAACCUAGAAACUCUCGUCGAUGGGCUAGAAGAUUCCAAACGAGAAAAGAUACUCGACUGGAUAUCGAAAACUCCAUAUACAAAAUAUCAUCGAACUGCAAAAAAAAAUCGGAAGGAAGGAACUUGUGAGUGGCUUCUCGAGGGCGAUAGAUUCGACCAAUGGCAGUCUUCAAGUGCCUCGGGUUUUCUAUGGCUACGUGGUGAUCCUGGCGCAGGAAAAACAACACUCACCUCAAUGGUGGUAGACGCCAUAGAUCAAAAACAAAGUGCAUCGAAGAUGGAUGAAGCUGUUGCCUAUUUCUACUGCAAACGAGGCGAGGGUUUGUUAAAUGACCCAACAGAAAUCAUGCGAUCCAUAUUAAGACAAUUGUCUUUCAAAGGCCCCAAAAACUCUUUACAGAAACCUGUGGUUGCAGAAUAUGAGAAGAGCACAGCUGGAAAAAUCCUUGAUGACGGACUAGGAAUUGAAAAAUGCGUCAGUUUGAUCGUCACUCUCAUCGAUUCGAAUCUACAUACCACUAUCAUCAUUGAUGCUUUAGAUGAGUGUGAUAUCGAGAGCCGACACGAAUUAUUCGACGGAUUAAAAGAGAUACUUGAUAACACCUCUAGCUUGGUCAAAAUAUUCAUUUCUAGUAGAAACAGCGAUGACAUCAAACUUCAGUUUGAAAGUGCUCCGAAUAUAUAUAUAGAGGAGACGGAUAACGCCAUGGAUAUCAAACGUUACAUCAAUGAAGAGUUGGGUGGGUGCAUUGCAGGUCGGAGGCUAUUGCGAGGUAAAGUUGAUGGCUCUUUAAAGGAGCUUAUAAUCUCCAAACUGCUUGAGAAAGCUCACGGAAUGUUCCUAUGGGUAGAGCUGCAGAUUAAAGAACUUUGUGCUCUGAGCCUCGAGAAAGACGUGAGGGAAAUGUUGAACAACUUUCCAAGCUCCCUCGAAGAAACAUAUAAAGAUAUCUAUGAGCGUAUACAGCGCAAGAAGGGGGACGCUCCCAAGAUCGCCAAAACCGCACUCAUGUGGGUUCUGUGCUCCUGUCGGCCACUCUCGCCAGAAGAAUUAACAGCCAUGAUUUCCCUACAAUCAAACAUUCCCACGAUUGAAAUCGAUGUUUUGUUGGACAUGUGCCACAACUUCUUGAAAUUGGAUCAACAACUUAAUGUCGUGCGGUUCUUUCACCUAUCUGUCGAGGAAUUUUUCGAAAUGGAAACUUUCUUCACUGUAUUUGAGGCCAAUGCCAUGGUUGCGGAGGUAUCUCUUUCCAUAUUAAGCGAUUUGGAUAAAUCUAUCCAACACACAAAGGAAUAUCCAACAUUUUACUGGAUGGUUCAUUUUCAACGAUGCUCCAAGGGAAGUCCCGAGAAUAAUAUUUGGGGUUUGCUGCGUGUCUUCUUCGGGUCGCUUCAGAAACCCAGUGCGGUGUAUGUCUCCUGGAUGGAGAGCUUUGAUAAUCUCACGAGUACCCUAGAUUACCACUAUGGUAUUGAAAUUCCGUCAAUACAUGGGAGGCAACAUAGGAAUAGUGCAAGGAUUAGCAGGGCUUUGCCCCUCCCAUCCUGCGCUGCCUCGAUGUUUGGAUUCGGAGAAAUGAUAAAGGAUUGCUGGGAUGAUAAAGAUAUAGAUCCUAAAUUUCAAAAUCCAGCUGGUGAAUCACUCCUCUAUUUGGCAUCACAAUAUGGGCACGAAGCUGUUACAUAUAUCCUACUGGAAAGAGGGGCAGAUGUAAACGCUCAGGGUGGUAGAUAUGGCAAUGCGCUAUAUGCAGCGGCCUUCGGGGGGCAUGAGAAGAUCCUGCAGAUGCUGCUGGACGGAGGGGCAGAUGUAAACGCUCAGGGUGGUGGAUAUGGCAAUGCACUACAGGCAGCGGCCUCCGGGGGGCAUGAGAAGAUCCUGCAGAUGCUGCUGGACGGAGGGGCAGAUGUAAACGCUCAGGGUGGUCUCUAUGGCAAUGCACUACAGGCAGCGGCCUCCGAGGGGCAUGAGAAGAUCGUGCAGAUGCUGCUGGACGGAAGGGCAGAUGUAAACGCUCAGGGUGGUUACUAUGGCAAUGCACUACAGGCAGCGGCCUACGGGGGGCAUGAGAAGAUCCUGCAGAUGCUGCUGGACGGAGGGGCAGAUGUAAACGCUCAGGGUGGUCACUAUGGCAAUGCACUACAGGCAGCGGCCUACGGGGGGCAUGAGAAGAUCGUGCAGAUGCUGCUGGACGGAGGGGCAGAUGUAAACGCUCAGGGUGGUAGAUAUGGCAAUACACUACAGGCAGCGGCCUCCGGGGGGCAUGAGAAGAUCCUGCAGAUGCUGCUGGACGGAGGGGCAGAUGUAAACGCUCAGGGUGAGGGGCGAUAUCGAAUAAACGUGAAACACCGCAAACCUCAGACGAAGAAAGCUCUUCAGAGUGAUCACGCCAUAGUUCACCCGGACGCUAUCUGA